CACAUCUGGAGAUGUUUGCCCUCAUCCACUUUGGAAAGAAGAACACAUUAUUAUUUACAUGGAGUGUGACUUCAAAACCUUGUGCAAAAGAAUCUGGAACAUGAAGAGUAAAAUCUUAGCAUGCAGGAAGGGUUGUCUUUCUGCACUCGCUCGAUCUGUUGGUCAGGAUGAGCAGAACCGGACUCUUUCUCUUGAUCCUUGCCUCUCUGAGCGGGUUUUCCAGGCAGGAUGAGAAAGUGCAAGAACUUAAAGUGGAAGUGUUGCUGAAACCAGAGGGAUGUCCUGAGCUGUCGAAAUUUGGGGACACUCUUCACAUCCACUACACUGGCAAGUUGGAAGACGGGACGUUGUUUGAUAAUUCUUUGAUCCGGGAUCCUUUGAUGGUAGAACUGGGCAAAAAACAGGUUAUUCCAGGUUUGGAACAAGGUCUUCUUGACAUGUGUGUUGGAGAGAAAAGAAAGUUAACCAUUCCAUCCAAUCUGGCGUAUGGGAAACGAGGCUUUCCGCCGACAAUUCCAGGAGACACUGUACUGUUAUUUGAGACGGAGUUGGUGACAUUAGUGAAAUCCACAUAUUGGAAGAAGAUGAUGGACAAUGUGAUCCCAAUAGUCUGCCUGCUGCUCAUCCCUGGACUUCUGUGUCUAAUAGGCUAUUACCUCUAUUCAAAAGCACACACCCCAAAAAUCUCCAAACGAAAGGCCAAGGAGGAGAAAAGAGGAAAAGCAAAAAAUAAAUAAAAUUUCUGCUGAAAUGUAA